AUGUCCCUGCGAAAAGCUACCCCAACAUCGAGGUCAACCAUCGAGGUGCGAUCGGUCGACACCCCGCUGCUGGCCACGGCUGGCGACGAGAAAGCGGGCCGCGCGACGUGGUUCAAGACGCCAAGGCUGCUCUUCUUUCACGAGAUUCCGUCGUGGCAGCAAGACAAUGAGCACAUCCUGUCAGGAUACAGGCCGACGUCUGGUUCUGCUUGGGCAUCAUUCACGUCUCUGCUCUAUCUGAAUAACCAAACCGUCAACACCUAUUCGCACCUCAUCGGAGCCCUAUUGUUUCUGAUGCUCCCGUUUUACUUUUACAACGACAUUUUCUUGCAACAGGACAAUAGGCAGCGGGCAGAUGUGCUGGUCGUUUCGACAUACUGCGUAGGCGUCGCCGUCUGCUUCGUCUUUUCUACCAUCUUUCACACGUUGUGGAAUCACAGUCACGAUGUUUCUCGCUACUGCAACAAGCUCGAUUAUCUAGGUAUCCUCGUUCUCAUGUGGGGAGCCGGCAUUCCCACCAUCUACUACGGUUUUAUGUGCAAUCAUAACCUCAGGCUUGUAUACUGGACAAUGAGUACCAGUACGGCCCUCUGCUGCACCAUUGUCACGCUCACACCCCGCUUCGUCACCCCCGAAUUCCGCAAAUGGCGCGCAGGUUUCUACGCCGGCUUCGGCCUGAGCUCCGUCAUUUUCGUCGUCCACGGCCUGCUCCUCUACGGGUGGAAGGUACAAAAAUCGCGAAUGUCGCUGGUGUGGAUGGGAUGGAUGGCUACGGCCAACCUCGUCGGCGCGGCCAUCUACGCUGCCCGAAUUCCGGAGCGCUGGGUUCCGUAUACAUUUGACACGUUUGGGGCCAGUCAUCAGAUACUGCAUGUUGCUGUCAUGGUCGCGGCUUGGAUUCAUUUCCGAGGCCUUGUGGAGGCAUUUCACAUAAUCCGCUCACAGGCCAGUAUCUGCGGCAUAGGAUCAUGA